UCUAGUUAGGUUAUAUUUGUGGCGUGUAUGACAAAGUUACGAAUAUUUUUCACGUUGGACGCUUUUUUAUUUCAAGGAUAGAAGGAUACUUUUAAAACCAGUGUUAUCUUCCUCUUGACGUAAUAUAUUUGAAUUAAGGAAACUUUAUUUCAAGUUACUGCUGAUAUGUCUGUUGGUCUUGACAAUGACAAUAGUCAGACUCCGGAGUCCUUUUCAAAAGAGAAAAGGAAAUCUAAGUCCAAGAAGUCAAAGAAUAACUCGGAUUCUAUAACUGACAAAACCGAGUGCGUCGAUAGCCAUGUCGUGGAAGGUAAGAAAGAAAGAAAGAGAAAAUCAAAUGCCGAUGAUGGCGAAAUAUUAAAACUAAGAAAGAAGAGUAAAGAUGGUCAGUUAAAUGGAGCGGAUGAUCUGGACGACAGUGUGGAUACAAAAUUACAAGAAAAGCCAAUCGAAGAGGGUAAUAAGGAGGAAGACGUACAUGAAAAUGAAUGUUCCGAUGAUGAAUGUUUAUCCCCAAACGAUGCUGGCAAACUGACUGGAAAAUCACUAAGGGCAGGUUUAAAGUCUUCGAAUCCUAUGAACUUCUUAAAAAAGUUUAUAAUCAUUUCCAAACAAUUUAAAGAGAGGGAUGUAGCUGGCGAAUAUUUAGAAGCUGGGGGUAGCAUCAUCGAAGUUCUUAAAUUACUAGAUUCUCCAGAGAGAAAAAAUGUCGCUGCUGCUACCAGUGUCUUCUCUGCUGUAUAUAUUAUAAUUAUGAAAAUAUUGUCGCAGUAUCCACAAUACCAAUCUAAUGCGGAGGAGACAUGUCGUCAUUUAAUUCACUCAUACUUUUCCUUUGUUCAUUCGAUGCUCUCACUGCAUAGCAAUGCCAAGCAACGCAAAGUUGCUCUAAAGCUGUUAGCAGCGAUUAUAUCUUUAGGGGGAACACUCCCUCAGGAAUUGCUGAGCCAUUUAUCUCUACAUGGUCAAUUUUUGGAAACCGUUACAAAACAUAGCAAACCUACUGACUCGGAGAGCGUGAGGACUUGUUUCAUUCAUUUUAUAUUAGCUUUUUUGGUCGAAGGCAAUGUAUUAGUAAUCCGAACAUUACUGGACAAGCGUCGUGUCCUUUCCAGUAUUUUCCCUGGAUUACUGUACGACCCGCAUAUUUUGGUAAACGUAGUUUUGAUGACUAUAAAGAAGUAUGUUCUUGAGAAUCCAGGAAUCAGUAAAACUCUUAAAAUACACACAUUUUCAACCCCAGUUGUACAAACUCUGGUAUCGUUAUAUAACUGGAAGGGUCCUAAUGGUUGCCCUGGGUAUGCAAAGCAUAAUGCUACAUUGGAUGUUGUUAAUCCUCAGGAGAAGCAGGUUGCUGUGGAUGCAGUACACGAAUUUCUAAUAACGUUACUCACAUCUAAUCGAUAUGGAAUUAUAUUCCAUGAUCGAUCACUCGGUACCUCUGGUCGCAAGCACAAUCAACUAGUAGACACAGUGCUCCAACGUUUGGAUCGUCCUUGGGAGCAUGAAAAGCCGUCGGAAUUAGUUGUUAAAAUAUUGAUUGCAUGUCCAGAUCUGGUAAAAGUACAGCUAACCUACACCGAACCAUUUCUUGAGCCUCGGCUAUCGAGGAAAUGGUUUAUGGUAAUGAAAUUCAUUGAAAAGAUAAUUCUAUCGAUGGAUGCAGAGAGCUGCAUUAAAUUGUGCCAAACGGAAUUAGGAGUUCCACAGCUGGUCAAUGCUGUAAUUACUUUAUCCGUACCACCUACUGUAUUAAAAAAUGCUAUCAUGCCGUCAUUAUGCCAUGAUAAUAUCAUAGUGCAACACGAAGGCAUAAAACUCCUUGUAGUUAUGUUGAAUAAAUUAAAAGACUUUAUAAACAUAACAAGAUUUAAGAACAAGAGGAAUUUAGUUGCCUCGACUUUGGUACAAAGCGCUAAGGAUUAUUUGCUGAAGAAUGUGCCCAGUUUACAUUUUUUAUUGAAAUUAUGGGAGAAAGCUGUUGGCUCAGAACCUGAUGUUAAAUUAUUGGAAUCUAGGGAAGUGGAUGCAAUUCCACCAAUAAAAGAAUGCUUAAUUGAAAUUCUGAAUUUAUUCGAGGUGUAUCACGAUUUAUGUCCAGAAGCAUUUGAUACCGGAUUGACAUCGGACUCUGACUCUUACCCUUUAACGUUAUUGGACGCAUUAAAAAAUCAACAUGAAAUGGACGAGUCAGACAUUUGUGUCCUCAAAGUAAAAUUGCUGCAAUUUCUGUUGACUGUCGAUUCGGCGAUGUUUUCUCCACAGAAGAAACACUUUAUGAAGGUAUUGUCACUUUUACUGUCAAUACAAAAUAACGAAGCCAUGUCGGCAGAUGUAACAUCCAAUGCUAGGGCAGCUGUAAAUGUGUUGCUACGAUCAUCUGGUAUGUUUGAAGGAUUUAACGAUCAAGUGGAAAUUUGGAUAAAUGCAUUCUCCUUUUUGUGUGACCAAAAUGAGAGAGGGACUGUAGUCGAUUGGUUUGUUACAAUUAUGAAAAACGCCAUAAAGCAUACCAAUAAAUAUGAAAGCAUGAUAACCGAGGCUGAAGAGGCAGCUGGCGAGCAGAUUCCCAAUACUAGAAAAAUACAAGACAUAUUCAAUGAGCUUGCAGAAAGAGACUUGGAUUCUUAUAAAACUGUGAAAGCAUGUUACUUUCAACCGACCACCAGCAUAUCUCCAUUAUUUUGCAGUGCGAUCGAAAGUUUAAGAAAGACAUCGUCAGAAUUGGUCUUACAAUAUUUUGCAUUUGUUGCGGUACAUGUUAUGCAUUGUCAAGUAGCACCUGGUCCUUUGAUAUACCUAUCGAAGGAUGUAAAGGAUUUGCCUUCUUUAAAAUACUUAACAAGUUGGUUACACGAGGGAGAUCCAGUUCACGUAAAAAAACCAUUCGGUUCCAAGAAUACAAUUUGCAAAUUAAGCAAGGCGUUGUUAGCCCAGAGUAGAAUAAAAUUGAGCGAGAUCCUCAACGAGGGAAAAAGCUUAUCAUUUAAGUGCGAAGAGGAAGAAGUUGAGUUUUCUUCUUCGUUCACUCCCUUUGAAUUCUUGUCUACACUGCGAAUGACAUUAUUCACAUUGAUACAGCUCGCUCAACGCGGCAGUCUAAGUGAAGAACAGUCUUAUAACUGCAAAGUUGCAAUCCUGGCUCUGUUACGAGUUGCUGAAGACACGAAGGGCAAGGAGGCUCCUGAAUUUAUCUCGGAAUGUCUCAAGUUGAUAUUUCGUCAUCCGGUACUGUUGCAGUAUUUUUCACCGAUCAAUAGCAAAAAGGAUUCAAUGGAAAAGAGGAUAACUGAAAUAAUUUUCCAUGUAUGUUCAAAAGCUUCGGAUAUGGUUGAACCUCCGGUUUCGUCGGAACUAUUUUUACCUUUUAAGCAGAAAUUGAUUGAACAAUUGGUUCAUGCUAUAAAUGACUCGACGAAAGGUGGAAAAAGGAAGAAGUCAUCGAUAGCUGCAGACUUCAUAAACAUUCUCCAAUUAACCACGGAGGAUGUCACAGAAUUAUUUAAAAAUAUUAUUCAGCUGCCUGCGGAAAAGUUUCUGGCAGAAGACGUGUCACAAUUUUCAAUGUGGGGUGUUACGAUUCCAAAAUUAUUGGAUAUUUUAUCUAGAAAAGAAAGUUCCGAGACAAAACAAUUUAUUGCACUGGAUAUUCAGCCUGUAGGAAAAGUGUUUGCUUACUUGGUGAGAUUAAAGAAGAUUGCUAAGGCAGACUUGGAAUUAUGGGAAGAUAGUUUGUAUAAAUAUUUGCAACGGUUUCCACACAACAUCGAAGGUGUUGGCACAAAUGCAUUCAAGUCUUUACUGGAGGGUCCAGUUAAGCCGGCGACAUUGAAGUUAUUGAUUCUCCUCACAAGUAGAAGUCAUCAUUUCAUUCCGGCCUUUAUAAAACACGUAAUGGAUAAGCAAGAUGCGUUAGACAAUUCGAUUAUUUUGCCUUUGUUAUCCAACAAUUUGGACUACAAGUGGGAUCCCAAAUUUCUGGAGAAAUUGGACAGCCUUUACAGGGAUGACAUCUUACGAUACUUUUCUGACAUGUCUAAUGCCAACCCAUUAUUGGAAGAGAAUUUUAAAGGAAUUAUUUAUCUAAUGCAGGAAAUGUUCGACAUAGAUUCCUGUAAAAUUGCCUGUCAGACCAUUUUAUCAGACGGUGACAAGCUGAACAACGUAAGCGUCUUCGGUAUAAAAUUGCUCGAAGGUCUGUUCAAAAAAUUGGCCGCCUUGGAGCCGGAAAAUUCAGCUCCGUUAAAAGACCUGAGUCAAAUACUAAUCAGAAUACUUACGUCGGCGUUGAAGAAGGACUCUAGAAACGACGAGAAAUUGACUCUACUGUGCAAGACAUUAUGCGACGUCAUCGACGACAUGAACGCGAAAUUCGACGACUUUGAAUUCGACGAGUUGACGAAGAAUUCCUCGUGGCCACAAUUCGUAAGGUUCGCGUUAAGGCUGGGCCUGAAGACUACAAAAGAGGACAAUGUACAAUGUUCACUGUUGAAGACAUUAACGACAACCAUCAACGUCGCCUACAAGGAUGACAGCGACUUGGAAUUCGUAAAGACGUUGUUCGAGAUGACGGUGUCCCAUUCGGAGUUCGUCGGCAUCAUGCUCACCAAGUCCUCCGUCAAAAGGUACCUUGUGGAAUUACUCUGGGUUCUGAUCCGAAAGAACAACACGGUCAUGAAGUCGACUCAAGUGCCGCUUUACUUAUCGGCGUACAACGCCACUCUAGAGGAAAGCGAUCAGUUAAUUCUAAUGAUUUUGGGGUAUUACGAAUCCCACGAUAUCCGACUUCAUGAAUACCGUCCGUAUCUUUGGGGGGAAGCUGCGGCAUCUCAUUUCAGCGUCAAGGGAGAAAUCGAUACGGCCAUUUGGAGGCAGCCUACCACGUCGCAAGUCUUAGACCUGUUUUCUUCGGACUUAGUGAACAACACCUUGAAGAACUUUCCCGUUCACAGAACUCUGAAGGGCCAGAAAUUGCACGAAGCCGAUGCUGUAUACGAUCCUGCGUUCUAUUUACCCCUGCUUUGUUACCUGUUGUCCGACAACAACGUCGUCGCUUGUCAUAAAGUGACGCACAGUGGCGCUUUAGCUCUGGUGUUGGCCGCCUGCGGCAGCACCUGCGACGACAUUCGGAUGGCGGCUUAUUCCGCCAUUUCCAAAUUCUACUUCCACGUGGAAACGACUAGUUCCAAGGAAAAGCUGUUGUGGAUGCGUCUUAUCGACUCGCUCAGAAGUGGAAUGGCGACAAUGGAAAUAGCUCUGAAAGAUAUGCGCCUGAAUUGUCUGGUGUCCACGUUCAUGGCGCGGACUUCGUUAAUCUUCUCGCAGCCAUUGAAUCCCCUUUAUGCUCCACUUCAGAACUUUUUCGCGGCGAAGCGAGGGCUAAAUCUCAGAACCAUUCCAGAAUUUCUCCAGCUCUUCCACAGUUCGGAUAUCCAGCACUUGGAUCACAGGCAUUGGAUCCUGGAAGUCGUCCGCGAUGGUCUCAGGACGGAAGAGGACGCGAAGGUGGCUUUCAACUGCUUCUUGUUUAGGAUGCUGUUCGACUUCUACAUGUGCACCUUGUGUGACAGAGAGACGAAGAAUCUUAUCCUGCAAGUUGUCGACUCUGCAGGGAAGAUUCCAAAAAGUGGAGAGCUUCUCGUUAAUGGAUACGCCCUGCUGCCCUGGUUAAACGAGGUCGCCGUGUCCCUUGACCCUCAAGACCAGGAAGCUAUUGGCAUCGUCGUGGAUAUUUGUAACGACAUCUCAAAAAUUAUUCGCCACUCCUGUAAUGAAAGGUUCAUGCUACUCAACGUUUUGGUAACCCUGAAGAGUCGAUUGUCGGCCAGCGUGGGCGCUGCUUGUUUCGGGAAUUAUUUAAUCGCUUUGGAUAAGCUUCUCGAUUCCAAGCAAUCGUUCGACGUCAUAACGACGGAAGAUCUGAAAGACCUCGUUGGAUUGUUGAAAGAAAUUUCCGGCGACGUUGGCGAGUGCGAAGACAUGCUGAGAUACGGAUGCAAGUAUCGCGUAAUGGCGCCGAAAGAUGGUGCUCUUUUACCUGAAGAGUGCUUGAGAAAAAUUAUAUUAAAGAGGAGCGAGAAGAGGUGCACCGCAUGAAGCCAUUCUCAUCGCUUAGCCGCUAAGGUUAGUGUUGUAAAAAACGAAUCAUCCCCUGUCUGUACUUUAAUCGAAGCCUUGUAAAUAAUAAAAAUGUAAGUAAAUUUAAGCUUGCUGAAAGUAUUGGGUUGGUAACUAAAUGAUUGCGGAUUCUGUCGAUAGAUGGCAUAAAAAAAUCCGCAAUCACUUAGCUCUCAACCGAAUAGAACCUACGAAAUUUACACAAUUAUGAUGCGAAUUUUUCCGAGUAAAUUGUCCUUCCUGGAAUGCGCGUUUUGGAGUCGAGGCCGGUGCCAAAUAAUCCAUCAAACUCGUGAAAAUAUCAGGUCUAGCGAUUAGAUAGCGAAGCCUUCCGUGCGGAAUUCUAAUCACUUUUUACUUCGUGUAAUCACCUUCGAUGGUUUAUCGGAAAUCGAGGGAAGAAUUCUCGAAGCUGCGCCCCGCUGAUACAUCGUAAAACAUCGAUUUCUCAAAAGUCUAAUCAAUCCGAUCCAUCGCCGAGAAUGCUCGGUGAUGUCACGAGCUUAUCUGAUAAUGGUAGAUAACUUUUAAGCCAGUGUGUCGAUGAAAUACCCUCAACCUCGGGUUUCUUCGGGGCAGUCGUCGAAGAUCGAUCGUGGAAACCACUUUGGAAAGUUACCGAUUAACAUGCGACCCGUGGUACUUCUGGGCGUGACCUGUUUGCUGGCCGUGCUUGGAUCGAGCAACGGUCUUACCUGUUACCUGUGCACCGGUACUCUCGGUUUUGACUUCUGCCACGACCCGUUUAAUUCCACAAACGUGAAGACGUGCAACUCGACGACCAACGUGGUCGAUCCAAACAAAGAGACCACGGACAUCCUUUGCUUGAAGGGGGUCAUCAAUCUAGUUAAUGGCUCCACCUUGAUAACGCAGCGGGGGUGCCUCGAUAAGCAAGUGCAGCCAGAUUCGGGUCUGAUCACCUGUGACACGGAUUACUGCAAUGCGGCUUCCGAGAUUACGAUUACUUCAACAUUGGCACUUGUAGCAGGAGUCCUGUCGAUUGCAAAUCUUUAUUUAUAAUGAGAGAUUAUGUUAAGUUACGUUGUAAGGGGCCGAGUCGAACGUCAACGGCAUUAAAUGCGUGCGGUGUUAAUUGUCCAGGAUAAUUGUGCAGUUUAAGAUUUCGGUACACUCUCUCGUGCAUCUUCCACUCCUUCCGGUCUGUGGAAUGACACCUCGAAGGUAGCGUUAGGAUGGAAAUAGAUCAUUUAGUCAAGUAAUCAAUCCAUGACGUCGGCUUUGCAGUCUGCGACGAGGGGAAGGCGACCGUUCCCUAAACCGUAUAGAAUAUUUCUGCCCACGGCAAGAGGAGAGAGAUAAAUGAAAUAAAUGUAAAGCGACGGUUUGCCGGGU